AUGUCGGGCCUCAUACCUUACCUAGGGGAGGUUUUCUCAAACGUCAACUAUCAUCGUCCUGAAUACAAAAACUCAUACUCAAGCUCAGAAAAAUCUUCAAGAGACUCCAGUAUGGAUCUAUCUCGGACGCACUCGAAAAGUUCGAGCAAAUUCUCUCAAGGCAUUCCGGAUGCUCUUACAUUUGACAAAAUUAUCAAUGGUGGAACAUGCCCUCCCAUGACCGUGAGAGAAUUCAUGAACUAUCUCGAGUUCAUUGAGCAUGCUCCAGAGAAUCUUCAAUUCUUCCUCUGGUUUCGAGAUUACACAUCUCGUUUCGAGAAAUCGAAUCCAUCCAAUCCCUUCUCGACUCCACCUGCAACAGCCUCUUCAGAACGUCAGGCUUCUGGUUCAUCUGAAUAUCAAAAUGAUUCAGCAGUUGGCUUUGAUGUUGCGGACGAUAAGCGGCAAAUGGCUACUCGUAUAAUCAAAACCACGAUAAAUUCUCCGCCACAAGUUAUGGCUCCUUGGGAGACAGGUUUUGACAAAGAAGGAGGAUCCUUAAUGGAAGUUCGACCAGCAGCACAAGAUUCAUACCGCUCGAUUGCCCAGCAAACUUUCAGUCGUGCUGGUAUUCAAAUUCCAGAUAUCAAUCUACGCUAUCGUGAUGAGAUUGAUCGAAUAAUCGCUAUAUAUAUCGCAGAUGAUGGCUCUCGUCAACUCAAUCUAUCCUCACGUCAAAGAACUACUCUUCUUGAGCGUCUUUCAACCACAACUCAUCCGUCUGCCUUCCAACCCAUUGUCGAAACCGUUGAAUCUAGCUUGAGACACCAGGCACACCCCAAUUUUAUCCGUUGGAGUAUUUGCAAUGGAAACAAACCACGCCAAGUGUUUGCUAAGGGCCUCGGUGCCGCUCUUAUUAUUUUAGGCUUCCUGUACGCAACUCUUACCACCCUCAGUAAUAUGUCCCGAGGAUGGCGUGCAUUUUCGGCAUUAUUCUGGGUCCUGGGCAUUUCUACACUGUAUGCAGCAUUCAGAGGGAUGUGUGUUGUACUCCAUGGUCUUCAUCAUCGCCAUCUUCGACCUUGGGAGUUAUGGGAGUCUGAGGACUCUGCCAUGUAUCUGGACGAUGCAUCGUGUAGCGGCAAGGGCGAAGAGUAUCCAUGGGUCAAGAAAUACGAGAAGAGAUUUGUUAUUAGAAAAAUCUUUGAUCGAGAGGUUUGGGUACAGGAGCCGGCAUUGAGACAGAUACAAGAUAUAAUUUUCCUGCAAUCUUUGCUUAUCGGUGCCGGUGUGGCUGUCGUUUUGACGGUCAUCUUCUUGGCUGUUCCAGAAGGUGGCCUUUUCUGA